GGAUUCAAUGUUUUAAUGUGGUUCAACCCAAUUGUCUUAUUGCCCAAUCCAGUUGUCCAUACCCAUUCUAAAUUAAUCACGUUUUAUUGCCAAUCUCCAUCCAAACGCUCCAACUGGAAGAAUUCAACAAGGGAAAAAAAUACUCGCUAUUAAUGGAAGAGAAUCAACACACAAAAGAGGGGGGAUCGUACGGGGUGUAACCGAGCAGCGGCGCAAUUAAGGCGGCGACAGGCAAGGCUACUCACGCGACCGGCGGACGUGAACUAGGAACUCCCGUUCUUCAAUUUCAUCACCUUCUUCUUCCAAUGGUCUUUCCUGGGUACCAGAUUGGAAGAGUGCCCAGUUCCUUGUUAGUUCUCCAGAGUAUUAUAUUCUAUCUUAGCUUACACUUGUCUACUUCAAAUAUCAUUUGAAACUUUGCAGAGGGGGUGGGAGACAAACGGAGUACCCUGCCAUUUUUCUAUACACUUAUACGUUACAUUUCUCCACCUAAAACUUGUGACCCACCCCCACCCCACCUAUAUAUACACACCAUUUCACAUCUAAGCAAAAAAACCUGCAAAAAAAAAAAGAAAAGAAAAUCUCACUUCCAUUAUUGCUGUUUCUCUCAUCCGCCAUGGCCACCCUCAUUUUCCCAGCCCAACCUUCCCCAGUUGCUGACGCUGAAGCUCUCAAGAAUGCCUGCAAAGGAUGGGGCACGAACGAGAAGGCGAUUAUCGAAAUCAUAGGACACAGGAAUUGGGUGCAGAGGAAACAGAUCAGGAAAGCAUUCGAGGAUCAAUACCAGGAAGAUCUGGUUAAAUGCCUUGAGAAGGAGCUCACAGGCCACUUAGAGAAAGCUGUGUACAGAUGGAUGCUUGAUCCAGAGGACAGGGAUGCAGUGCUGCUACAUGUGGCAAUAAAAGAAGGGUCAGUCCCCGAUUAUCGCGUCAUCAUCGAACAGUCCUGCAUCUACUCCCCGGAGGAGUUUCUCGCUGUCAAGCGGGCCUAUCAGGCCCGCUAUAAGCUGUCUUUUGAAGAGGAUCUGGCCCAGCAUUCCUCUGCAGAGUUCCGCAGGCUUCUGGUUCCUCUUGCGGGCGUGUACAGGUAUGCUGGGAACGAGAUCGACGUGAAAUUGGCGCAUGCCGAGGCCCAGAUGCUUCACAAUGCCAUCAAGAAAAAGGAGUUCAAUCACGAAGAGAUUGUCCGGAUUCUGAGCACCAGGAGCAAGGCUCAGCUCGUUGCCACUUUCAAUCGCUAUAAAGACGAGCAUGGUUGCUCAAUCACCAAGCAUUUGAAGGAAGAUUCGGCGAGCAAGUACCAGAACGCGCUGCGUGCCACCAUCCGUUGCGUGACUGAACCCCAGAAGUACUAUGAGAAGGUGGUGCGACAAGCGUUGAGCAAAUCGGGGAGUGACGAGGAUGCGCUGACUCGGGUGAUAGUGACGAGGGCGGAGAAGGAUCUGAGGGAGAUAAAGGAGCUGUAUCACAAGAGGAACAGUGUGAGUCUGGAGCAGGCUGUGGCCAAGGAGACUUCUGGGCACUAUGAGGCUUUUCUCCUGGCUCUCCUGGGAAAGCAAGACUGAGACUGAGAGAGAGAUCAUAAGCUUUUAUAAUGAGUGAAUGUUUGUGUUGUUUCAUUAAGAGUCUGAAUGUUUGUUUGAACUUUGAAGGUGUCCUAAAACUGUUCUUCUUUCCUUUGUCUUUGUGUGUCAUGUCUUGAACCUUGAGGUUGUUUUAAUUUCCUUGUGUUUGUUUUAAUGUAAUGAGUCCAGUGUGGUUGCAUCAGUUAUGGAACUUUGUUUAUUU